CCCUAAACCUGAAUUUCCCUUCUCAACCCUUGUGCCCCUCCCCUCAAUUUCUCAAUCUUCCUCUCUUCUCCUCACCAUUCUCUCUGUAUUUCCGAUUUUUUCCACUUCCCCGCCAUUUUUUCAAAUUCUCGUUUCUUCUCCAUCAAUGCUCUCACUCAUUACUGGUUUUGCUUUUACCCCUUUCGAUUGAUUCCUCAUAGAGUUGUUGCGCUUCCUCUUUUGCAGGUGUUCUAUCGGUGGUUUAUUUCUUAAAUGGCUAACCAUGAUUUGAUACUUGGCCAAAGUCAUGAUUUAGCACUUGGCCACGACCAACAGUUGGUGCUGAACCAUAAUCAUAAUUUGGGACUCAACCAGAACCAUGAUCUGGAAUUGGGACAAACUGAUGAGCAUCAUCUGGAUUUGGGACAACCCCUUGAUCACGAUGAACUGGGCUUAGGACAUGCUCAUGACCACGAAUUGGAUUUAGGCCAGAACCAGGAUAAUGAAGGACAUGAUGAUGUGCACACUUACGGGCAUGAGAAUGAGUUAGCUAUGGAUCAAAAACCUGAGGAUGGUGACCACGAGUUACCCCUUCCUGAACAUAAUCACGAGUUGGCUCUAACAGAGAACAAUGACUUGACAGUUUCAGAAAAUCAGGAAUUUGAUGACAGCAUGGCCUUAACUGUCCAUAACCAGGAAAUGGGUAUUGAUUCUGGUGAAGAUAUGGGUGUCCAUGAUUCCGAGCUUAUGAUAGUUUGCACACCUCCUGUAAUUCAGGCUCGUGCAUUAGCUAUAAGUUCUAAUUAUGAGUUGUCAGUGGGACAAGAAUUCCCUGAUGUCAAGAGUUGUCGGAGGGCAUUGAGGGAUACUGCAAUAGCACUGCACUUUGAGAUGCAGACUAUAAAAUCUGACAAGACCCGCUUUACUGCUAAAUGUGCAAGUGAAGGAUGUCCCUGGCGCAUUCAUGUAGCAAAGCUCGCUGGGGUUCCAACUUUUACUAUAAGAACAAUCACUGAUAAUCAUACGUGUGGAGGAAUAACCCAUCUUGGCCAUCAGCAAGCAUCAGUUCAAUGGGUUGCUAGCUCUGUGGAGCAAAGGCUGAGGGAGAAUCCGAAUUGCAAGCCAAAGGAGAUAUUGGAAGAGAUUCAUAAGGCUCAUGGUAUCACCUUAUCAUACAAGCAAGCAUGGAGAGGCAAGGAGCGUAUCAUGGCUACAAUGCGUGGAUCUUUUGAGGAAGGGUACCGCUUGCUUCCGCAAUACUGUGAACAACUGAAACGCACAAACCCGGGGAGCAUUGCAUCUGUUUAUGGAAGUCCAACUGAUAAUUGCUUCCAACGCCUCUUCAUAUCCUUUCAAGCAUCAAUAUAUGGCUUUUUGAAUGCUUGCAGGCCACUUCUGGGGCUUGAUAGAACCUAUUUAAAGAACAAGUAUCUCGGCACAUUACUCCUUGCCACUGGAUUUGAUGGUGAUGGGGCUCUCUUUCCUGUGGCAUUUGGUGUUGUUGAUGAGGAGAAUGAUGAUAGUUGGAUGUGGUUUCUGUCAGAACUUCAUAACCUGCUUGAGAUCAACACUGAAAACAUGCCACGGCUUACAAUUUUGUCUGACAGGCAGAAGGGGAUUGUGGAUGGUGUGGAAGCGAAUUUCCCAACGGCUUUCCAUGGAUUUUGCAUGCGCCACUUGAGUGACAGCUUUCGCAAGGAGUUUAAUAACACCAUGCUUGUUAAUCUUCUGUGGGAAGCAGCUCAUGUUCUUACUGUGAUUGAAUUUGAAUCCAAAAUCUUAGAGAUUGAGGAGAUAUCACAAGAUGCCGCAUACUGGAUUCGAAGAAUUCCACCUCGCUUGUGGGCCACUGCAUACUUUGAGGGGCAAAGGUUUGGUCACUUGACAGCUAACAUAGUUGAAUCCUUAGACACAUGGAUAUUAGAUGCAUCAGGGCUUCCCAUAGUUCAAAUGACGGAAUGCAUCAGGAGGCAGCUAAUGACUUGGUUCAAUGAGCGAAGAGAGACCAGCAUGCAGUGGACAUCCAUACUUGUACCUUCUGCUGAGAGACACGUUGCAGAGGCUCUUGAACGUGCACGAACAUAUCAGGUACUUCGCGCCAACGAAGCUGAAUUCGAGGUCAUAUCUCAUGAAGGAACAAACAUUGUUGAUAUCAGAAAUCGUUGCUGUCUUUGUCGCGGGUGGCAGCUUUAUGGUUUGCCUUGUGCACAUGCUGUGGCUGCACUUCUUUCCUGUAGGCAGAAUGUUCACAGAUUCACAGAAAGCUGUUUCACUGUUGCCACUUAUCGCAAGACAUACUCACAAACCAUACAUCCAAUUCCUGAUAAGUCUUUGUGGAAGGAGUUGUCUGAGGGGGAUGAAAAUGCGGCCAAAGCUGAUCAAGUUCUUAUCAACCCACCCAAAUCACUCAGGCCACCUGGAAGGCCUAGAAAGAAGCGAGUUCGCGCCGAAGACCGUGGACGUGUGAAGAGGGUGGUGCAUUGUAGUCGUUGCAAUCAAACAGGUCACUUUAGGACCACAUGUGCAGCUCCCAUCUAGAUUAAUGUUUCUUUUCUCGUCUGUGCAAAAGCUUCCUGUUUUAUCAUUGUUUUUUUGAGGCUUUCUAGCUUAGACAGUUGGUAAAAUUAUGUAUUUGGUUUCCUAGACGGCAAUGUGAAUUAAGUUAAUAUAGUCAUUGGUUUUGUUUAA